AUUGCCUAUUCUGUCUUCGUUCCAGAAACAUCUUGUGUUCGACGUAGAUCGAAUCCGAAUGCGUUAUGACGCUGUUCAGGAAUAAACAGCGACAUUUACUUGAUUGACAUUUUGACCGACAAUUCCGUCAUGGGAGCUACCUGAGUUAGAAAAGGUGUUGUGACAGUCGAAAACUUUUGUGUUUGUGUUUCUUUCAAGAAAUUGUGCCCGCGAAUUACGCUAUGGAACUGCCAAAGUAUUGGAGUUUUGGCCUACUUCUUCUAUUCAGACUGGUUUCGGUACACUGUCAGCAACAGCUCUUAAACUAUGAAGAAGAAGAAGAGGAAUUCACGCCAGUAGUGACCCAUCGAUGUGAGCGUGGCCAAAUGAUCGUCGAUGUCACGACGCAACAGCCCUUUAGGGGCAUCAUACAUCCUAGAGACCACAGGACGGGGCCCUGCGUGGCCCAGGGGCGGGGAGGGCGAACGACAACCCUCACGUUAGAUUUACAUGCUGACAAAAGCGAUCCAAGGUACUGCGGCGUUCAAGUCAGAAAGCCAAGUUCUGGUGAUGUAACUGUAGCUUUAGCAGUCAGAGUUCAUCCGACGUUAGAGUUAUCGGAAGACAAAUAUUUCUUCCUCACUUGUGGAAAAGCUGGAUUUAGAAAUGCCAGGAAUGAAACCUCUAGGGUGACUUUAAAUUUUUACCACAAUGGUAAGAAAGUUCAAGAGCUUAUAGUCAAUCAAGAGUAUGAACUCAGAGCAGCCAUGACGAAACCUGACAAUAUUCAUAAAUUGAAGGUGAAAUCUUGUCUGAGUUUUGCACCGAAUAAUUCAGAAGUGCAGCUGCUUGAUUCUAACGGCUGCCCUCUCACCAGAUCAUUAUCAUCCUUUACGUACAACGACACAAGCCAUUCUGCAAAUGCUGUGCUGUCGUCAAUGUUCAAAUUCCCGGACAGCAACAGAGUUAGUGUACAGUGUGAUAUCAUACUCUGCAGGGGACCUUGCGAACAGGCACCUUGUCGGAGGAGUACUGAUCCAACUCCCAGAGCUCUUCCUCGAAUUAGAAAUGGUACAGACGAUGGUCAGCUUAUGGCAUCCACUUCAGUGUUUGUUUUACAGCCUGGUGAUCCCAUUCUGGCAGAAGCACUGGAGAGUUGCUCAGAAUGGCGAUUUCCAUGGUUGAUUGGCCUGUGCAUCUGCCUGGCCAUUCUUCUUCUUGUCAUGUUAAUAGUCAAUAUAUUCCUGUGUUCAUCUCUAACAUGCACAUGUACAAAAACAGAGGUCGUCGACAAAGAACCAUCAGAAAUGGACGACUAUGAUCCCUACAGAGUAGGCUGGGUAUCUGGUUCUCACUAUGGUUCAAGGAGCUCUCUCCACAAACCUGGUUACAUGUCAGGAGGAUCUACACUUAACUCAACUGCCCGCUCUGUAAGCAAUGCAAGCGACCACUAUGCCAUUGUACAUUCCAGACCUGGGAGCAGGUACUCGCAACAUUCCAGCAAAGAACCUUUGCACAAGAGCUCUGGAGGCUCUAUCCUGUCCAAUGGUCAUCAUAAUCAUUAUAACUCAAGAAUCUAGACAGCUGAAUCUCACAGUUGAAGCAUCUGGGACUGAACUGAAUAGUGACUUUACAAAAUGUUCAGUUGGUGCCAGCGUGAACGGUUCUGUCCGUGAUUUCUCACCAAGGUGUUUUAGAAGUUUUACGUUCUGAAGCAGAUGAAUAUACAAGAAAAUGAGACAUAAAACGUUGCCGUAUUGAAAAGUUCUGUUUAUAUUGCUCUUAAGUGAAAAAAUGCGAGGAAAAUACAACGAUUUUGCAGCAGUCUUUUCUGAAAAAAAACCCCUCUCACUCCCAGACUUUCACUGCUUUCUAACCAUUGAUUCCACUAAUAUUGAAUCGACAAAUCAUACAUAAACAUUAAUGGAUUAAAAAUUAAUUAGUUUGUUCAAAUAUAUACUUUAAAAAAUAUAUAUCUUGAUACGUUUGUUGAAGCAUAGCAAAUGCGACUGUGGAAAGUUUUUAUGAGGCAAGCUAGAAUACAAAACUGGAAUCUUGGCAUUUCUAUCAAAGUAGAUCAUACCUUAUUAACCUUCAAUAUGUAGAUUGCUGCUUCUAUGAAUACACGACAGCCAUCUUGUUUUCCGCAAUGUUGAUUCGGUGCUAAGUUUUUCCGCACUAGUUGACUUUCACAUUUUACUUCAGCAUAGUAAAUUUAAAGUUAUGUGCAUUAAAAUAUCUACAUAAAUUUGAAGUACCCGAUAAGGACUCUUGUAACUGGAUUUAAUAUUUUGUUAGUAUGGUAAAAUUGAAACUUAUUACAUUGAAGUUGAUUACACUUUAUUACUGCAGUUGAAAUACAUACAAGAAGUUUCAGGCCAGUGAAGGCAAAAUAUUUGUUGCAACUUAAACAAGUGAUAUCGAGAACAAGUUAAGGUUUUCUGAAUCUUUUGGUUAUAAAAGUCAGUGAUGAACAAGUUGUCUAAUGGAAAAAGUAACUACAAAGUAAUUUAAAUUGUAUAUUAUGUUGGACGCUUUGUUUGCAAUUUAGGAAAAGGAAAACCGGUUGAGGUAUAAACUACAUAUGUUUUUUUAAGGAAAUUCUAUUGCAGAAAUUGGAAAUUAAAAUUGAGAUAAUUUAUUCAGGGGAAGAAAUUAUUACAAAGAUGCUUUAUACGUGAAAUUUUUAGAAGGAAUGUGGGCGUUGGAGAAAAUCGCUAAUUGCCUAGAUGCUGCUGAGCUUACUAUAUGUACAUGUCAUUUUGAAAAUCAUCUUCAUUUAAAAUCAUUUCAUUUGAAGGCAUUAUUCAUUAAUUAAUAUCUUCAUUAUUAACAGGACUGACUGUGAAAUACUUUUCAGGUGUUCUACUUUACUGCACGUCUCAAACUUGUGAAUAUCAUAGUGCAAACUAUAAUGCAUAUUUAGAUAACUGUACAGCACAAGGACACCUAAAACUAAUUCAUCGUAAAAAUUAGAGUACGUGUUUUAAACUGUCUUUAAAAAUACUGUAAAUAGUUAUUAAAUUUCUUAUUCGUACUACCUUUAAAAAAAUUUUUUUAACAAAAUUAUAGAAAUUGGUGUACUACUUACUGUUAGGUACUAACUCUGGCAGCUGAAUUUUAUUUGUUAUUAAAAACCAUAUUUUAUAGGAGAAUUCUUACUUUAAGUUUUAGAAAUGUAUGCAAUCAUCUUCGAUAAAAAAAAAAACCUCUAUGUCAAAUCUUUUUUUUACAACCUCUAUGUGAAAUACUGCUUACUUAAAAAGAAUCAACUACUUAUUUUUUUUCCUGAAAUAAUUGUUGGACAAUUGUGCUGAACAAAUGUAAAUAUGUUAUUUUUAUUGACAUUAAAUAAUUUUAAUAAUUGUA